AUGAAAUAAAAAAUUGAUCGUUCUCGUAUUCCAAAUUCAUCUCAAGAUAUUUUAAUAGUUCCUGCAUAUGCUGAUAAAUUAGGAUUUUCAUUACCUGCUAAAUUACCUUAUAUGCCUGUGUCUGAAGAUUCAAUUUCUGAAACAGUGUUCCAAGCAAAUAGGAUUUGUUAAAAAAUUAGAUGUGAAAAGAGUAGAAUAGAAGAAAGUGAUCCUUUAGAAACUGAGAAAUUUUAUGGUAUUUAAAUUUAAUGUAUAUCUCAGUUACUUCAUCAUGGGUUUUAUUCAUAGUUGGAGUCAUUCUAUUUGUUUUAGGUUUCUCAUAUGAAGAUUUAAAAUCAACAUUAACUUUACUUGGUGCAAUCUUUAUUGUUUUAUCUACACUCAUAUCUAUUAUUGUAGUUAUUAUUAGUAUCACCAAAUCACCUAAAUUGAUUGAUCUUGACUAAGAAUGUACUAAGAAAUUAGGAGAAUUCUUUGAAGUUCAAAAUCAAUAAUAUAGAAAAAAAGGGUUAUAAUGGUCAAUUGGAGAUGAAAUGUUAUGGAUUUAGUUGGAAAAAUUAUGACUUUUAUAUUAUUAAUUU